CUGAAGAACAGCCAUCAAAAUUGCCCAGGUCAAAGUAAAUCGGAGAUAUAAACUCGCGAUUGAACAGUAAAUUCGCAGGCGUUGACCUUCAUUUCCUCAAAAUCCAGCUCCAAAACAAGCUCAAAUCCGGAGUCACCAGCUGAAGGCGCUCCUAGAGUUCCAAAAAUCUGAAGCUAAAACCUCAAAUCGAUGGAGAAAUCGUGAGAACGUCCUCGCGGCUACUGUUCAUGUCGCGGCUAGAGAGAGGAAAACGUCAGACUCCAUAUAUUUUGGGUCUGCAUUUUUGUGGAGCAAGCUGCUGCCCUCCAAUCCUGAUUUUGGGUCUGCAUUUUUGUGGUUUCUUUUGGAUUAAUGAGGACUCAUUACUGGGUAUUCUGCUCGAUUGAGAAUCUGGAGCUGUACCACUGGACACCUCUUAGCCUCCUUCUUUUGGUUUUGCUUUGGGUUUUGCUUAUCUGGAUUUCUUACAAAGGCCUUGGUGUUUUGCUGUGUCAUUGGUUCACUGCCCAUGGGCUGCUUGCUGUGUUCAGUAACUUGGAAGCUGCUGUGUGGGGUGGGUUUUGAGUGUAUGUUUGAAUUUAUUUGUUGUGAUGUUUUACUGCCCAGUUAUGCUCCCUGUCCUAGUUCCUGCUGCCAUAUGGACGAGCUGUUUGAAAUGUUAUUCAAGUGGUGUUUGAGUCCUUUGGAAAGGCUGCUGGAAUCAUGGGCUGCAAUAGGCAAAUUGGGUUGUUUCUCACUGUUUUAGUCACUAUCUGCUGGAGCUGUUUUGUGAGUGAUGAACACAUGUGGGCUGGCUGUUUGUGACAGAGUGGCUGCCCAACAGAUUUGGGCAGUGGAGUGCUGGAAUGAAGUUCGUUUGACAAU